CACAGAUAUCCCAAUUAAAUCAGAUAAACUCAAAAAUUGGACUACACUACAAACCUAGCACUCAGUCGUGGUUUAUGGAGUAAUGAUAUCUAAAGAAGCUCUGCACGCCAUACCCUCUUCCAAAUGAUGCAAUAUCGAAUUCGAUAUAAGAGGCCUUUGGCUGGAUACCGACCGACACCAUGAUCCUUUCUUUGUUCGACAAUGGCAUCUCCUAUACCCCAUGAAGAUAUCAACCAAAAGAAUGCAGCUGAAUCCGUGGAUGUUGAGCGACAAGGCAGCUCAGCUCCUGUGGAACCACCUCCAAAGUCCCUCGGGGCCGGGUCCGCACUAGCAUUAGGAGCCUUCGGUACAACACUGACGACUCUCUCGCUAAGUUUAAUGGAAUGGCGAGGAGUCACCACUACGAAUGCCUUUGUCGCCAAUUUCUUCUUCAUUGCGGCCUUUGGGCUGGUUGUGACCGCGCAGUGGGAGCUUUCCAUCGGUAAUGGGUUUGCGUAUACGGUGUUCAGUGCUUUUGGCCUGUUCUACGCUGGCUAUGGCGCUCUCCUAACACCCGCAUUCGGGGUCGCCCAGGCAUACGGCGGAAUAGACACAGCAGAGUACAACAACGCGGUCGGGUUCUUCAUGAUAUUGUGGACCGUCUUUGUGUUUACAUUCCUUAUAGCUUCACUUCCGAGCAACAUCGCAUAUAUCCUGGUGUUCCUGUUUGUGGAUCUGGGGUUCUUGACUGUUGCCGCGAGCUACUUCGCCAAGGCAGAUGGCCAUGCUGCGUCGGCGGUGGCGCUACAGAAAUCCGGCGGCGUGUUUUGCUUCCUUGCUGGGCUGGUUGGGUGGUAUAUUGUGUUUCAUUUGCUGUUGCAGGAUUCGUUGCUGGAUUUGCCGUUGGGUGAUACGGCCCGGUUCUUUGGGAAGAAGAAGGGGAAGAACCAGUAG